CUUUAUAUUUAUAUUUACAGUCAGUUCGCUCGAAGAGGAGACAGUGCACGUCGUACAAGUCAUGAGUGUGGAUAGUGCGCGUGACGUGGUGGUUGUUACGAAUAAAAACGUUCAACAAAACCGGUCGUCGAAAUGACAGGGCCGAUCGUGUUAUGAGUUUGCGCCAUAGAUCUAGUUUUGCAGGAAUCUUCGAAGAUCGCGAUCGACGGAAGAGUCGUAUAUCGUCUCAGUGUCCAUGUAAAAUAAUUCUUUUGAACACCUCCUCCCCUCCUUCGUGUAUAUAGUUGAUAUAUGUAUACAUAAAAUGCACAAGUUAAGGUUACCUGUCAAGGUAGAAUUACCCAGUGCUUUAACAAGGAUGGUAUUGGACCCCAAGGUCACAAGUCUACAUAGCGAUUACGGAAGUUUCGAUCGACCAUUGGGAGGUGGGGAGGGUCACGAGAGGGACGUGGAGGCGGCGGUUGAUGGGAGUAGCAGCGGGAUGGCACAAUCGAGUGAUAUUUAUCAAAGGCAACCUCUCUUACCUGGUGCACCAACUAAGAACAAGGACAAGUGGUCCGGGGUGGCUUCCGGUUCGGAUUAUUACGAGGACGACGAGGAGGAGAAAAUCGACGGUCUUGGACGUCAUCCAGGAAUAACGAAUGGACCAGGAAGCGGCGUCAUUAAAAUCGACAUACCGGCGCCGCUUCGCGAGGAACCACGAUUUCCCAAAGAAAAAUGGAAAACUUUUCUCGCUUUCCUGUUCAUGGUCGUGAACUUCAUACUGACCACGGCCUCACUCGCGAUGGUUCACGAACGUGUUCCAGAUCGGAAUACUUAUGGCCCGUUACCAGACAUUGUACUGGAUAAUAUUACUGCCCAAGAUUGGACACUUAAUGUUUCGGAAGUUCUCAUUAUGAUAAUGUCCAACUCGGCAAUGGUUUUCAUUAUUUUUCACAAACAUAGAUUUAUCGUCAUCAGACGGAUAUUCCUUUUGAUGGGUCUGCUGUAUAUGAUGAGGAGUAUCACGAUGUAUGUGACAGUUUUGCCAGUCGCAAGUAAAACAUAUUUCUGUAGUCCAAAGGCAAAUAACACAAGUCCUCUUCUGGUUACGAAAAGAGUACUACAGCUUAUCUCUGGUUUUGGUUUGUCGAUUAAUGGCAAACACACUUAUUGCGGAGAUUACAUUUACAGCGGUCACACGGUUGUACUUGUACUUAGUUACCUGAUUAUUAAAGAGUAUUCCCCUAGAAGAUGUCAACCGAUUCAUUGGUUGGGUGGUCUUACGGUUUUUGUUGGUAUAAUUAUGGUAUUGGUAGCUCAUGGACAUUAUACGGUGGAUGUCCUUAUAGCAUAUUAUUUAACUACACGUUUAUGGUACAUAUACCAUACGUUAGCAAAUAAUCCUUAUUUGAAGCAAAACGGACCAAAUAAUUUUCUGGCCCGACUCUGGUGGUAUCCUAUAUUCAAAUAUUUUGAGAAAAACGUGGGUGGUACAGUGCCACGACAAUACAAUUGGCCUUUGCCUUGGCCUCGAAGAUUUCUUGCCAAGCAUCCUAAUCGAGACAGUUAAUAUCUGCCCAGGCUCCAAGAUAGAGACUGAUAAGUAAUGAAAUCCUUCCUGACUAUAUGCUAUAUGUAUAUGUAUAUACGUGUGUGAGCGCGUGCGCGUACGUGUAUGCGCGUUUGUGUGUGUAUAUAUACAUAAGUACAUAAAUAUAUAUAUAUAUAUAUAUAUAUAUAUAUAUAUAUAUAUAUAUAUAUAUAUACACGCAUAGAGUUAUACAUAUAUAUAUACAUAUACAUUUGUACCUAAGCUUAUUCUUAUGAAAAUGAAGCUUGGGUGAAAGGGAAGUGUCCAUUAUAUGCGAAUUUUUGCGAAUUAUACCCUUUUAUUGUGGAUUUUAAAGGGUCAUCACAAAAGUUUGCAUCAAUGUUCAAUUUGUUAUACCGCGAGUGCGGGCCAAAACUGUAUCGUCGCGUAUAUAUAUAUAUAUAUAUAUAUAUAUAUAUAUAUAUAUAUAUAUAUAUAUAUAUAUAUAUAAAUAAAUUGCAGUUUACUCAAUCGCGUCGCAAUUCACGCUUUACCUGAUUUUCAUGAAGAAGAACUCUAGCGUAUAUCCUAUGUAAAGAAGAAUAAUAAUAGCUUAUCUAUACGAUGCUUUGCGCGAAGUUUUAGAAAGAAUUAGUACGAUUGGGAGGGAGGGGUUCACGGGGUGGGAGGGGCAAGGGAAGAUAAUAUUUCGUCGAUAAUAUAAUUGAAGAGAUCUGAACGCACACACCGAUAUUUAUAUAAUAUAUAUAUAUAUAUAUAUAUAUAUAUAUAUAUAUAUAUAUAUAUAUAUAUAUAUAUAUAUAUAUAUAUAUAUGUUUUAUUUGGAGCAUAUACAUACAUACAUACAUACACACAUACAUACAUACAUACACACACACAGACAUAAGCGAGAACGAAGCAUAGUUUAAUUAAUGUAAAAUUGAAACUCGACUUUUUGAAUUAGAACUUUUUUUUGUUUAUCUCUUCCUUUUUCUUUUUAUUUCUUUCUUUCUUCCUUUUUUUUUUCUUUUUUUUUCCUUUUCUUUAUUUUUUUUUUUUUUCUUUUUGUAAUCCUAUUCUUUGUUUCUUCUAACAAUACAAAACCUUCCUCCAAUCGAAAUAUUUUCUUAUUAUAUCUCUUGAUCAUUAUACUUCCAAUAUAUGCAACCUGCCCUACGACUUAUUCCGGCGAAAAACGAUCCAGCAAUAAAUUUAUAUUGAAAUAUAUAUAUAUAUAUAUAUAUAUAUAUAUAUAUAUAUAUAUCUUAUAACAAACAGACACACACAACUAAAUCCCUUAAAUUUCAUUUAACGAAUAUUCCUCGAAAUUGUUUUUUCACGGACAGCCUUGAAAGGAGAUAGAUUUAAUAAAAGAAAGAAAAAAAAAAAAAAAAAAAAAAAAACAAGAAAAAAAGAACAAUUAAAAUAAAAGAAAAAUAGGAAGAAAGAAAAUUUAGUUCCCUACCCUGUAAUAGAGGCGAUCGUGCAAUUUCGUGGGACCAAAGAAGAAUGUUUUAAAGAGUAAUGUGUUAGUUCCAUAUUAUAUCUGAAAGAUAAUACAAAGUAUAUAUACUUUAUUAAUAGGAAAAAAAAUAUUAAAAAAAAAAAAAAAAAAAAAAAGAAAGAAAGAAAGAAAGAAAAAAGAAAU